AAAGCCCUCGCCCCAAUCCAAUCGAUCCCCAAUCCGUUCACGCACUCCCCAAUCUCGCCGUCGCCGGCCUCCUCUCCGGCCUCCGCCGCUGCCUCUCUCCACAAUAAUAAUCCACUCCUCGUCGCCUCGCGUCCGUCUCCUUGACCAACGUGCUCCCCCCUUCUUCUACCUGUAAUUCCCAUCCUGCUUGUGCGGCAAGGGCCUCUCCCGCACGAUGGGGAAGCACGAGUUCCUGACGCCGAAGGCGAUCGCAAACCGGAUCAAGGCGAAGGGGCUGCAGAAGCUGCGGUGGUACUGUCAGAUGUGUCAGAAGCAGUGCCGCGACGAGAACGGGUUCAAGUGCCACUGCAUGUCGGAGUCGCACCAGAGGCAGAUGCAGGUGUUCGGCAUGGCCCCCGACCGCGUCGUCGAGGGCUUCUCCGAGGAGUUCCUCGAGUCCUUCCUCUCCCUCAUCCGCCGCGCGCACCGCCACUCCCGCGUCGCCGCCACCGUCGUCUACAACGAGUACAUCGCCGACCGGCACCACGUCCACAUGAACUCCACGCGGUGGGCCACGCUCACCGAGUUCGUCAAGUUCCUGGGGCGCGAGGGGUACUGUAAGGUCGAGGACACGCCCAAGGGGUGGUUCAUGACCUACAUCGACCGUGACUCGGAGCAGGCCGUCAAGGAACGCCUCAAGCGCAAGAGGAUCAAGUCAGACAUGGCUGACGACGAGCGCCAGGAGCGCAUGAUUGCCCGCCAGAUUGAGCGUGCGCACAAGUCCUUAGCUAAACCCAAUGGUGGUGGUGCUGCCGAGGGCGAGCCUGAGUCUGGCAGUGAAGGAGAGUAUUCAGGUUCGGAUGAUGAUGAGCAGGAGCCGGAGGAUGACUCGAAAGAGGCAGAUAAGGCAACAGGUAAGAUUGCGAUUGCGCUUCAGAAGGCUGUGCCGGGGCCCAAGGUUAAUCCUUUUGACGAUAAGCCGAAGAUGAAAUUUGGUUUUGAUGAGGAGGAUGGCUCAGGCACCCGAGACCAGGAGAAGAAUGAGUUGACCAAGAAGAUGGGAAAGGAUGUGAAGGCAGCAGAGGCAAAGAGGUCAGCAUUGGACGAGCUGAUGAAGGAGGAGGAGAAGGCCAAGGAGAGGAGCAAUAGGAAGGACUACUGGCUGUGCCCUGGGAUUGUGGUCAAAGUGAUGAGCAAGUCAUUGGCAGAGAAGGGGUACUACAAGCAGAAAGGGGUGGUGAAGAAAGUUAUUGAUAAAUAUGUUGGGGAGAUUGAGAUGUUGGAGAGCAAGCAUGUUCUCAGGGUCGACCAAGAUGAGCUUGAGACCGUGAUCCCUCAGAUUGGUGGACUUGUGCGGAUUGUCAAUGGGGCUUAUCGGGGGUCAAAUGCCAGGUUGCUUUCAGUGGACACUGAGAAAUUCUGUGCAAAAGUGCAGGUUGAGAAAGGCCUCUAUGAUGGGAAGGUUCUCAGGGCUGUCGAAUACGAGGACAUUUGCAAGAUAUCCUCAUGAUAUACAACGUGAUUCAUUCCAUUUUCCUGGAUCAUCACUGAAGCAAACAAGCUAUACGAUCUAGUGUACUAGCUCUGUCGAUUAGAUUCUUAAUAGUUUCUGUGCUUGUUAUUGUUUGUGCUGGAAUAUCUUCUGUUGAAGCAGUGUUUGAUAUCUUGAUGUUUCUAGUUCGCGGUAACUGCUGAAAGGCUAUCUGUGAGAAAAUGCUCUCAUUUAUGUUUGCUUGUUACUAGACCAGAAUAACCGUAUUGAUGAGUUUCAGCAUUAUUUGCCAAUCAA